CACAGGAGCUGAGGUACAGGAACAAAGUAGUGAGCUGAGGGGCAGAGAUCAGCAGACAGAGAUUCUCCUGGAGACAGAGAAUCUCCUCUCUUCUGGAGAUUGAGAUAGAGUCAGACGUUUUCAGGAAAUAUACCUGCUUUGUCUGGUGUGGACUUGAAUAGAAGAGACUUUCUGGACUGAUUCCACAGGGAUUUUCUGGUCUGGAUUGAUUCCACAGGGUUUUACACAGAGAAGGAAACAGCCUCUCCUAAUCUUGGUUCCUCGAAGAGACAGAAGGAUGCAGAAACCAGAAGUAAUAACAAGGACACCUUCCAGUGCAUCAUCACAUCGACAUAAGACAGCACCUACUAGUGAUGCAGAAGACCAAGCCUGGGACACUGGUCCAGAAUGUUCCAUUUGCUUCAACUCAUAUGAUAAUACCUUCAAAAUGCCUAAAAUCCUGGACUGUAACCAUACUUUCUGUCUCGAAUGUCUGUCCCGCUUCAUCACUGUUUCACCAGAGAAAGAGGGCACUCAGAUCACCUGCCCACUUUGCAGACAGCCAACUUCUGUUCCUGAGAAUGGUCCACCGGCUUUGACCACCAGCCAGGAGGUGCUGGGCCAACUCUCCAGCGACCAACAGGAAGAGAGAAAUGUGUGGCUUGAAGGAAAGAAACUCUGCUAUUCAAAUCCAACAACACCCAGCUGCAUCUGCAUUUAUAUUGGAGGCACUAAACAAGACAGCGAGACAGGAAGACAGGAAGAAAGACAGAGUUAUGGGAACAGGCUUCUUCGUUUUCUGGGCUUUUAUGGCGAUUGGAAGCGGCUGCUGACCCUCAUCAUAGUGCUCUUCAUCCUGCUCGCUUUAAUCCUCUGGCCUAUUCAGUGUAGCUUCAGCCAGGGUUUUAUGCCAGGCUGCUUUAGAGAGCGACCAGGCUCUGUGAAUGUCUUCCCUACAUCUUCGACCACCACUCGUAGGUGAAGUUGUGAAGUUUGUGUCUUUAAUUCUUCUGGUGACCUUACAGUAAUCUUGGUUUUGGCCAUGUGAUCUAAUUGUACACCCAUUAAUGGAUUUACACCGAGAGCACCCUGGCCAGGAGUAAAGAAUUUUAGUCCAGUUCUUCCAUAUUAAUGCCUCUGAUCCUGACCAGACUGGUGUGCCUACCUUGAAGAUUUUUGUGUGAAUACAUUGACUGAAGAAGGUUUUAGUAGAAGUCAAGAGACACUGUAUUGCUGCUAAAAUCAACUGAGCCAACAAAUAACAAAUUGUCACUGUCAAAAAUUACAUUAAUUAAAUCACAAUAAUUAAAUUACAAUGGAAAACAGGGGCUUUUUCCUAGCAAUAUUAUUCUAGCUCUUCUUUCAGGAACAGAUAAAACAUUCUCUGUUUUAUACACAGCAAAUCAUCAAAUUUUUUUGGAAAUCACUUUUAUAUUGUUUAGAUUGGGUAUAUUUCUAUACAGAUGUUUGGACUACACUAUAUAUACAGUGUAAAUGUUAUAAUGUACAGUAAAACAUUUUUUUCAGUGAAAAAUUGCACAUAAAUCCUAGCCAGCAACUAAAACUUUGUGGUUAUUCUGAUGUCUGAAGCGAUAUCAAACUUACUACU